AUGUCAAAAAUCGAUGUGCAUCACCACUUUUACCCCCCAGCUCUAGUGAAAGCCCUGCAAGAAGCAGGAGGCGAUCCGUCCGGUUGGUACAUUCCUCCGUGGACCUUGGAACUGGAUCAGGAGGUCAUGAAUCUGCUUGAUGUCCGGACAACGAUUCUAUCGGUCACCGCACCAGGCGCCUGCAUUCUCAAAGAUUACAAAAGAGCGGCUUACCUAGCCCGUGAAUGCAAUGAAUAUACAGCUGCCCUUCGUGACGCGAGACCGUCCCAGUAUGGGUUCUUCGCUUCACUUCCUUCGUUGUGCGCUACCCAGGCUGCGCUGAAUGAGAUCUCCUACGCGCUUGACACAUUACAAGCGGACGGGGUAACACUCUUCACUCGUUACGGUAGCGGCCACCACUACCUCGGCCAUAUCUCCUUCCGGCCAAUUUGGGCUGAACUGAGCCGUCGCAAAGCAGUGGUCUUUGUCCAUCCCACUCAUGCGGCCGACACACACUGGGUCAACUCAUCGAUGCCGCAGCCCAUCUUUGACUACCCGCAGGAAACGGGACGGGCAGCAAUGGAUCUCAUCACUAGUGGGGUGUUGCAGGCUUAUCCUGGAUGCAAAGUAAUUCUCCCGCAUGCUGGCGGCACGUUGCCAUACCUUGUUCAUCGCGCAGCAUCCUUACUAGCCUCUAUGCCCACAGGCUCUUGGCAGACGCAGGAAGAAAUUACUGAUGCCGCGCGUGAAUUUUAUUUUGACACUGCACUUUCUGGUAAUGCAAUUACAUUGCCGGCUUUGCUGGCUUUUGCUAAACCAGGCCAUGUCUUGUUUGGAAGCGACUUCCCGAACGUGCCUCGAGAGGAAAUCACUCAGUUCACGACUUACAUCGAGCGGAGGCUCUCAAAUGAUCAGCGCAGUUUCAUAUGUUCCGAAGCAGCUCUGGCACUAUUCCCACGGCUAAGGCCACAUUUAGAGAAGCUCUAA